UAAAAAAAAAUUAUCGCAAUUUCCGGCGAGUCUAUCAGUUGGAGAGAGAGCAAUUGUAAAAAGAAUUUUGUACAAUUUUAAUUCACGUUGAAAAAUACAAUAAAAAGAUAAAAAAAAAUGCCAGAAUUAACUGAAUUGGAUAAAGCCACAAGCUUUGAGCCAUCAAAGGUUGAACUUGAAAAUGCUGGAUCAGGCACUGACUCUGAUUCAGAUGAUUCAGUACCAGAACUUGAACACCCAACAACAAUUGGUGGAGCAACUUUUUCUGGUGCAAAUGUUGCUGAUACACCAAUGGAUGGUGUUUCAAAGGCAAAGCAAAGUCGUAGUGAAAAAAAAGCAAGAAAACUCAUGAGCAAACUUGGACUUAAACUUGUUCAGGGUGUUAACAGAGUUACUAUUCGUAAAUCUAAAAAUAUACUUUUUGUUAUUAACAAACCUGAUGUUCUUAAAAAUCCAGCAUCUGAUACAUACAUCAUUUUUGGUGAAGCCAAGAUUGAAGAUCUUAGCCAACAAGCUCAAGUUGCUGCUGCUGAAAAAUUCAAGGAACCAGCAAAUAUCCCAUCACUUGCUAAUGCCAUGAACAACGUGCAAUUUGCUGCACCAAUCCAAGAAGAAGAUGAGGAAGAAAUUGAUGAAACUGGAGUUGAAGAAAAAGAUGUUGAUUUGGUGAGAAACCAAGCUAAUGUUUCAAGGGCGAAGGCAAUCAAAGCCUUGAAAAAUAACCAGAAUGACAUCGUAAAUGCCAUCAUGGAAUUAACGAUGUGAUAAGGAUACUGAGGAAUUGAUGAGGUGAUUAGAAAUAAACACGUUGGUUUUUUCAGCCAAGCCGAGUCACAAUAAUCAUCGUUUAAACGAUCUUUUAAUUAUUUUCCUUUUUACAAUUAUUAUUUUCACUUGAUAUGCCGAAAGAUGACAAAAAAAAUAAAAAGAAUUUUAAAUUAAAAAAAAAAACAACAAAAUAUUUCAUAGUAAUUACACGGAUUUGUUUAAAUCCGUUAAUUUUUUUUAAUCUUUUUUUUUUUUUUUUAGAAAUCCUUUUAGUCCGUAGUGACAAAAAUUAAUCUACAUGUAUAUACAUAAUUCACACAAGAAAGAAAAAAAUUUACAAAAUAAAUAAACAUUCUCACAUAUA